UAUUUUUUUUCUCUCUCUCUCUCUCUCUCUCUCUCUCUCUCUCUCUCUCUCUCUCUCAAUCAAAAAUCUAGUGUUUUUUAGUGGAGAAUCAGAUUCAUAGCCAAAAAUCAAAGCUUGGUUGGUGAUGGGAUCUGGAGCUGGAAAUUUCCUCAAGGUUCUUCUCAGGAACUUCGAUGUUCUUGCUGGGCCUGUGGUUAGUCUCGUUUAUCCUCUAUAUGCCUCAGUCCAAGCGAUUGAAACUCAAUCUCACGCUGAUGACAAACAAUGGCUAACAUAUUGGGUUCUUUAUUCUCUACUUACACUCAUCGAGCUCACAUUUGCCAAACUCAUCGAGUGGUUACCCAUAUGGUCAUACAUGAAGCUGAUCUUGACUUGUUGGCUUGUCAUUCCCUACUUCAGCGGCGCUGCCUAUGUCUAUGAACAUUUUGUGAGACCUGUCUUUGUUAACCCACGGAGCAUUAAUAUUUGGUAUGUGCCAAAGAAAAUGGAUAUCUUCAGGAAACCAGACGACGUGUUAACAGCUGCUGAGAAGUACAUUGCAGAGAACGGACCUGAUGCUUUCGAGAAGAUCUUAAGCCGGGCCGAUAAAUCAAAAAAAUAUAAACAUGAACAUGAAAGUUAUGAAACCAUGUAUGGUGAGGGUUAUCAGUAUCAGUACUAAGGGAGCUUGAAAAAGUUUUUAAAUUUAGAAUGUGUGAAGCAACUUUCAUGUCUUUGAUGUUGUUUGUUUUGCUUUAGUUUUGUGGAUCUCUGUCAUGUAAAAAAGUUGAUAAUUAAGUGAACUACUUUAUUCUCUAAUUUGAGGCUUAGAAUCGAAAUUUCUUCAUAUU